UGGGUAGAACCAUGACCCAUGAGCACCUGACCAUGACCUUUGAGUGCUGCUACUUCUCUCCGGCCCCGGGGGACGAGACUGUUGCCCAGGCCCCCAUCCAGAUGAAUAAUCUAUUCUGGCUGAAGCAGAACCCUUACAGCAGGAACUGAAUGAUGACUAAUGACUUCUGCCAUUUGGGAGUCACUUCUAUUGUAAGUAAGGAGAGAUGUUUCUGAACACUUCUACAUUCAUGUGGAUGCUAUCAUGAUUAUGGAUAGUCAUGAAUGAUGAGUGAUUAAUGAUGAGUGAGAAGGUUACAGAGGCACAAAGAUUAUACCACCCCUCAAAAUGCUAACCUUGCCUGUUAUUGAUAAUGGUGAAAGGUUAGCAUGUUUUGUUGUAGCCUCUGAACGACAUCUUACUCAUUAUUCAUGAUUUGUAAAAGAUGGUGCCGAAGAACACGGCUGACGUUUUACAUUCUCCCAACCAAUUGUGCUAUUUUAUUUUUUUGUGUUUUGUGUAACUUGUUUUUUUACUUAUUUGUGUACAUAAUGUUGCUGCUACUGUCUCUUACGACCGAAAAUAACUUCUGGAUAUCGGAAAAGAGAUUACUCACCGCGGACUGGAAGAAACUAUUUCCUUUAACAAGUCCGACGAGAAGGAUAUCCUGCUUUCACUGGUACAGGCCCAGAUCCACGCCUUUUGCGUGAAGAGGGGACGCAGAUCCUUCUGAGAAUCCAAAGGCGGGCGAGUAAACUCCAAAUGCCUUCCAUUCUUCUUGCUAACGUGCAAUCAUUAGAAAAUGAAAUUGAUGACCUACUAUUAAGAUUAUCCUACCAACGGAACAUAAAAAACUGUAACAUCUUAUGUUUCACCAAGACGUGGCUGAACGAAGAUACGGACAAAAUAGAGCUAGCGGGAUUUUCCAUGCACUGGCAGAACAGAGACGCUACCUCAGCCAUGAAAACCUGCUGCUGCUGCAGGAGACCAAUGCUGUGCGGGAAGAGCUGCAUGAGUACCGAAAGGCAGGAGGGGGUACCAUCGUAGAAAACACUACCCAGGGUAUCGCCCGGGAUCUGCCCUGCCUCAAACAGCUGGCCAAGGAUACGGGCGUCCACAUCAUAGGAGGGGCGGGGUACUAUGUGGACGCCACCCACUCUGAGGCCACCAGGAAGAUGACCGUGGAGAAGCUCACAGACAUCAUCAUCAGUGAGAUUCUCCACGGGGCGGAUGGGACCGAGAUCCGCUGCGGUGUGAUUGGAGAGAUCGGCUGCAGCUGGCCAAUCACGGACAGUGAGAAGAAAGUGCUGCAGGCCACUGCACACGCUCAGACCGAGCUGGGCUGCCCAGUCAUCAUCCACCCAGGACGGAACCCUGGUGCACCGGCUGAGAUAGUGCGUCUCCUGCAAGAAGCUGGAGGUGACAUCAGCAAGACCGUUAUGUCACACCUGGAUAGGACCAUAUUUGACAAUGGAGAGCUGCUGGAGUUUGCAAAGAUGGGGAGUUACCUGGAAUACGACCUGUUUGGAACAGAGAUGCUGAACUAUGUCUAUAACCUGGAGGUGGACAUGCCCAGUGACAGCCAAAGAGUCAAGGCCUUGGCGUUCCUGGUCCAGGAGGGAUAUGAGGACAACAUUGUCAUUGCCCACGACAUCCACACCAAGAACCGUCUCACCAAGUACGGAGGGCACGGCUACUCACACAUACUGAAGAACAUCGUGCCCAAGAUGCUGAGGAGAGGGAUCAACCAGACCCAGGUGGACAAGAUCCUCAUAGACAACCCCAAACGCUGGCUCACAUUCAAAUGAAGGAUCAGAAUCAGAUCACCCAGAAGAUAAAGGCUGCUCCAUAGGCCUUUAUCCUUUUCAACAGCUACUGAACUCACAGUUAAAAAAAAAAAAGUGUUUAGAAAUGUUUUAUUACUUGCAAAUUACCAAAUGCAAUUGAUGUCAGAAGUUGACAUUUUUUAUUCUUGCUACUUGUCUGUGAUUUACUGAAUCAAAGUGUUCUAUUGAGAGGUAAACAAGGUAAAAAAAACCUUGGAUUGAACACUAACAACAUUCUGAUAGCUGAGUGAGGAGUAACGUUAAAUCAAAUAUAUUUGUCACACAAUUACUUGCCAUGACUGAAUCAAAGCUUCAAUUCAUGUUUGUAAUUAAUUAUUAAUACUGUAAGCAAAUAAAUUAAACCAUCCAGCUAGAAAAUAAGUCGUAGACUAAAUCUAAAUGUGGUGCCAUUAUUAUACACAGAAACCAAAUGUCAUUUAACAAGACAAAGCGACAGUUUCUGCCCCAAACAAACUCAAGGACAUGGACUGUACAUUGUCUGCACUUGGUGCUCUACUCAUAAAUAUGGUGCUUUUCGUUCUGACUAGUUUUAGUGAAAGCCAUAGGAGCUUUGUUUGUAGUAAUGACGUUUAACAAAGAUUCUUUAUUUUUUUAUUGCUAAAAGAUAUUGGGGUACCAAAAGUUUUCUUUAUUAGUAUGCUUGUUAGAUGUGUUUUCGUGAUGUCACACUGUGACUGGGUGGCUAUAGGAGGGGAUCUGGUUGGCUGGUAGGUUGUGAUGUCACCCAAUGGGUUCCUAUGGGAGGGGGCUGGUAGGUCAUCCUGAAGGACAUGGUCUUCCCUUCUGAGAACAGGUGGCAUCACAGAGGGACUUCACCACAUGAGCAUCGACAUCACAGCAGACAAUACAUAACCAUUGUGUCACUUUAGGACAGUGUGUGAUAGGAUUUUAAAAGUUAGGGAGUAGGAGUGUUUUCCCCCCCUGAUACAUCACCAAAUCGAACAUCAUGGUAGUCUGCCAUUCAGAGGAAAAUGUGACCCAGGAAUAUUUUCUUACCAUUUUUAAUACUCUGCUAAAAUUAGAACUGACCAGUUGAUUUUUUUUACAUGAUACAUGAUAAUAAUGUACCAAAGUCAUUAAAAUUGGUUUUGAUUUA